AUCCGUUUACUAAACAGCAACUUUAUUAUAGUAAGUCAUUCAUCUUUGCAUAUCUCAAUUAGCUGGUUGUCUCAAAUUGGUUCCGUGUUAAGAAAACUACAAUUGUCAUAUCAAAACCUUCUAAAUACAAAAAUAAUGGUAAAAAAUAUGUCUGUAGUAAAUAAAAUUGUAUAUAAAAGCUUCUUCAAAAGUGCUUCCUCUUAAACGAAUAAAAUUACACGCAUGUGGCGAUCCCAUCACAAUAUAUCAUGACAUUGAACUAAUAAUUACGUAGCAUUCAAAGCAAUAGAACUAACGAAGUAGUAGCAUCAGUUGUUACCAAGACUGCGCUAUCGACAACCUCAACCAGUGUGUUUUAAAGAAAAACAUUAUUUAAUAUAUGAAUUAAAAAUAUGAUCUUUUAUAACUCUCUUGAUAGCAAAAUGUUAACUAAAUAAAUGAAACCAUUUUAACAAACAUCAAAAUAGUAAAAUUUUAAGUGGCUUCCUCAAGGUGACAUUUUAGGACCAACGCAAUUUUUAUGAAUUGUAAAAGUGAAAAAUAAAAUAGUAAUUAAAACUUUGCAAUAGUAGUUAAUGAAAGUGUAAAAUGGUGCAAUUAAAAUAUACGACGAAUCUUAUAGUUUUGAUAAUAUUGUUAAUACGGACAGUUAAAGUGCUUAGUAAAAACGUAAGUGAAAAUGAAAGAUCUUUGAGAGCCGAAUUCGUUCAGAAGUUAUUAAAUAAACCAAAUAAGCUUGAAGGAAAAAUAAAACUGGUAGGAGGAUCGAGUAAAUACGAAGGUAAUGUCUAUAUUUAUCACGCUGAUCGCUGGGGGGCUGUGUGUGAUGACAACUGGGAUGAUGAAGCAGCUUCAGUCGUCUGCAGAUCCUACAACUUAAGUGGAAUAGCAACUGUCGCUAGUCAAUAUGGAGAAGCUACAGAAAAAUUCUGGCUAGAUGACGUCAUAUGCCAAGGCGACGAACCAACCCUUUCUAAAUGUGUCUUUAACCGUUGGGGAUCCACUGAUUGUGGGAAAAACGAAGUUGCUGGAGUAAUAUGUAUGGAAGAAGCAGAUUUACCUUCAAAACAUAACAAAUCUCUAGGUGUAGUGUAUAAAGAGGAAAGACUGAGUGAUGUUAUUGAUGUAUCAAUGUCUAAAUUAAGGCUGAGUGGCGGCAAGAAUACUCGAGAAGGUAGAGUUGAGAUCUUUCUUAACGGCACUUGGGGCAGCAUCUGCCCAGAUGGCUGGACGGUCUACGAAGCUGCAGCAGUCUGCCGCCAUCUGGGCCUCGGUUUUGCAGAACAGGCCUUACAGACUUACGUCUUUGGGUUCUCCAACAUCAUUCUCAGUGGCGUUUCUUGUGAAGGGAAUGAAUCAACCUUGUUUGAUUGUAAACAUAAGCAGCGCGGUAAAGUGAAAUGUCCCGGUGAUAUCGGUCAUACAGCGGCGGUGGUAUGCACCCACUUCUUAGCAGAUCUGGUUCUGGAUACGGCAGUGAUUGAGAGAUCAGCUCACCUGCAAGACGUGAUGAUGUACCAGCUACAAUGCGCCAUGGAAGAAAACUGCUUGAGCAGAACUGCUUAUGAGGUUCAAAAAUUGAUACCAGAUUGGCAAUACGAAACACGGCGUCUUCUUCGAUUCACGGCAUCGUCUUUAAACGCUGGCAAUGCUGAGUUCAGGCCUUAUUUACCAAAACAUUUGUGGCAGUGGCAUCUAUGCCAUAUGCACUACCACAGCAUGGAGGUAUUCGCGACAUUCGAUGUCCUGGACGCGAAUGGCCUCAGAGUAGCUGAGGGUCACAAAGCGUCAUUCUGCUUGGAAGAUAACACCUGCAUGAACGGAGUGGAAAAACAAUACUCUUGCAAGAACUAUGGCGAUCAAGGUAUCUCAGUGAACUGCUCAGAUGUAUACAUGUACAAUAUAGACUGCCAGUGGGUGGACGUCACAGAUGUUGAGCCUGGAGACUACCACUUCAAAGUGGCUGUAAAUCCUCAUGCAAGAGUAGCAGAACAGAAUUAUCAUAACAAUGCAGCUUUAUGUAAUUUGAGGCUUACCACUACUUAUGCUUUGGUCUACGGAUGCAAGCACGAAAGACCGUGAGACAAUGAGACCAGACCCGACCUUCACUAGAAGACCAUAAACCUAAAGAGUACUUAAAUACUGA